AUGAAAAUUUAUAUCUGGGUUGUUUUAUUAGGUGUGAUAUGUGCGAUCGUAACUUGUCAACAAAAAUCUACAAGGAGGUCCGUGGAAGUACCAGCGGAAGUUCCCAUAGGAGGACAUUGGGCAACAAAAUCGCAAUGGAAAGCUCAUUGGGUGAAGCAUUGGGUUCCAAAAACGAUUUACAUUCCGGUAUGGAAAAAAGUGUGGACACCAAUAAGCAUAAACGAAUGGAUUCCAUACGCACCACUUCAUCACCGUUAGUUGAAACAGCUUUGCGAGAUACAAAAGUUCUCGUUGAUGAAUUCGCUUAUUAUAACUUAACGAUGUAUUUACUUUUAAGGUUAACGUGAACUUUAUUGAUACCAAAUUUAUUUAUUUAUUUGUAUUUAUAUUAUUUAUUUUUGAAAACAUAUUUAAUAAAGCAAAAAAUUCAA